ACCUUUAAAGGAGCCAGGGAAGAACUAGUGACAGAGAUUUGGCAUCAUUUGGAGGGGGGAUUUCUGAAAUGCGGCCGCUCCACCAUUAAAAGUAGAGUGUGGUUUCACCACUUCACACGAAGCCGGAUGUUGUCUCUUGAGGACUGUGUUUAAGAAUAGGGGCGGGGGUGGUUUCCGGUCCUGCCGGCAGCCCAAAGAGCUCAGAAGGAAGCGUGGAUCAGAGGCAGUCUGCAAAGAACAAAGUGGCACAUCCGUGAUAAAUCCCCCAGCCACAGAUUUGGCUGCAUCACAGACCCCAGCACCGAUCUACUGUUUUCCCCAUCGCCAUGGAGGCUUCUCUUGCUGCCUGCAUCCUCGCUGCUCUCCUGGCUACGGGGGCCUGUCUGCAGUGUGAGGUUUGCGAAGGCCAAGGAACCGGCUGCACGGGCACCAUGCGGCCCUGCCCAACUGGGCAGGACUCUUGUGCCAUCGCUGUGACAGUAACCACAAUGGCGGGAGUGAACAGCCGGAGCAUUCACAAGGGCUGUGUGAUGUCCAGCCACUGUAGCACCGGCCCCGUCUCGAUGAAUUUUGGGCAGGGGAUGACGACAAGGACGAGCGUCGCCUGCUGCGUGGGAGACGCCUGCAGAACCACCACAGUUGCAGUGCCCCCGGCGAACACCGAACCCAACGGCCGGCGCUGCCCGGCCUGCUACUCUCUGUCCUCUGAGCAGUGCCGCGAAGAGACCAUAAAUUGCACUGGAUCCGAGACCCGAUGUCUCGACGCUACUGGGACCAUAACACCUGGUCGAAACCCAGUGCAGAUGGUCAUGAAGGGCUGCGUCUCCCAGUCCAUCUGCGACCAGCUACAAGUGGGUUCGGGAACCGUCGCAGGGGUCAGUGCAAGUCUAACCACGGCCAAAUGCACAACGGACUCCGGUGCGGCGGGCGGGGCUCCAGGACCAGCCGGGCUCCUCCCGGCCCUCGCUGGGCUUCUCCUGCUGAAGCUUUUCUCCUGAUUCCCACCCGGUGCAACAGCAACACGGCACUGAAAUCCACCCUGCAGCCUGCGUUAGCCGCUCUCCCCCAGGGCUUCCCGGCUCCCGGAUGGACUCGCAUCCCCCUUUAUA